AUGAGUGGUAAUAACAAUAAAACAAACACCAGAAGUUUAAGUAAUUGUCCGAUUGUUGGUGCACCCUCUGAACUGCCAACUACUAUUUUGCCGACUUUGCAAGACAUGUUGAAGUGUUAUUUGCUUAUUAGAGAUAAACUAAAGUUUGAGAGAUCAGGAAAAGAUCCUAGUAUUUUCGAAAUCGCUCAAAAACUAGCUGAGAGAGUCGAAAUCAUUUGGAGAAAGUCAUUUAUACCAACAGUUUCAAGAAAUCGUAUAGUAAAACUUAUUCAAGAUAAUCAUGUGAAAUAUUUACAUCUUAUUAGAUAUCCCCAACAAAAAAGGAAUAAAAAAUACGAACUUAAAGUACAGUCCUUUCGGGAGGAUGCCAAAAAGCUCUUUGAUAUUGCUGCAUGUAAAUGUAUGUCACAUGCUUUGUGCAAAUGCGAGAAACAACGAAAAGUACCAAUUCUAGAGCAUAAAUUCAUUCAAGACCAAAGAGCAACAAGAAAAAUGCGAAUCGGACCAGUAGACUUUACAGAAACAAAAAAAAAUACAACAACGGGAAAAAAGGAAGAGGAAAGAGUUAUCGAGACUUAUGAUUUCAGAUAG